AGGCAACUUCACUUCAAUCGUUUGACACUUUGUAUUUGGUGUUUUGGUUACGAUGUAACUCUUAAAUCACACCGAAACGAAAAGAAUUUUGUUUUCUUUUUAUCUUCAAUCGUCAAAAACAAUGCCUGCUUCCAUUCGACAAGUGCAACCGAUUUGGUCGACCAGCAAAGCCGAAGCACGCCGGCGUGUCAUUAAAUUAUAUAAAACUUGGUAUCGACAGAUUCCCCACAUCGUGGAUGACUAUAAUUUGCCACAAACGACCAGUCAAUGCCGCUCUAAAUUACAUGAUGAAUUUAUGAAACAAAAAUAUCUCACCGACAUUCGUCUAAUUGAUACGUUAGCGAUUAAAAAGCAAUUGGAAUUGAAGGAGAUUUGUUUUAUGGAAAAGGACCGAUCGCAUCUUUUAAAUUAUUGGAAAAAUGAAAAGGGCGAAACACCACAAUUUCUGGCCAAAUUUUUAGUUGGACAAAAUUAAUGAUGGCAGUUCUGAGAGAGAGA